UUCCAAACAAUAAAUGUAAAAAUAGACUUCCUAUGUUGGGGAAAUUCCAUGAUGUCAGGCAACCACGGUCUAUGAAUGUGAUAAGAAAGAUCAAUGAACGUGUUUGUUUACAAAUGUAGAAAUGUGUAACUAAAUGUAAAUAAGGAACUUGUAAAGUGAACCGAAAAUGGCAAUGGAAUCUCUCGGAUUAAUUCUUAUGAUACCGUUUUGUGUUUGUUUUAUUUUACUAUUUGUUGUAUGCUGCUUUGCAGAACAGCUUAAACGAAUGUGUCGAAUGCCAAGUCAGUUGCCUCGUAGUCAAACUGACACUAGACGGCGUAGGAAUCGCCGUAGCAGACGAUUGUAUGACUUAUCAGGGCCGCCUGUAGGAGAGAGACGACCCACUGAGGAAGAUGUAGAAGCACUUCUUAGAAGUCGAAGACGGACCGAAUCCGGUGAUUCUACGGACACUCAGUCCUGUCCAUGUAAUGUGGUCAUCAUUACAAACGAAAGUGGUAUGACGUCAUACGUUGAAUCUCAAAGUUUUCUAAAUUUAGCAGGAUUAUCAGCUUCCCAAACAUUACAGCUGGCUGGACCUUUAAGUAUCUCACAGACUGUGAUAACAAACGUAGUGCAAAAUGCUGGAGAGUCAUACGGUUCCGCGCGGUCAUUGGGUCAAUCCAAUCUAUCGUUUACUGUUAUUGAACAUCAUCAGUCUCAAACAGAACAGAAUCAAAGUCAAAGUUGACGAAUAUACUUAAACAAGUCUGUGAUAAUAGAUGGAAUAAACAGUGUGUUCAGUUAGACACAUGCAUAGAACGCUUUAAAUGUGUGUUCAGUUAGACACAUGCAUAUAACGCUUUGAAUCAUCAAUGGAGUUUAUCUGUGUGUUUAGAAGGCCAUAUGAACAUAACGUUAACAGACGAUUUAUACUGUUCUUAGUUAAACAAAAGGAACAGUUCUCUUAUAAAAAGUACUUCAUUUGAAUUGAACAAAAUGCUUUAAACAUUUUUGCAAUGGGCAUCUUAAACACUAGAAGGCCAUAUAUGAACAUGAUGUUUUACCGAGAUUUUAUACUGCUAUUACAAGUAGUUGAACAAAUGAACAAAACUCGUGGAUUUUUUAUUUUUUUAUAUUUUUGAGUAAUGAAGUGGGACAUAAUGCUUUAAACAUUAAUUGCAAAGGGCAUCUUAAACACUAGAUGGUCAUGUGAACAUAUUUUUUUUUUUACUUUUCUUGGUUGAACAAAUGAACAAAAAUACUUUAG